AUGAAUAAGUUGAGUAAAAGCAACCGCGAUAAGCUUCAGCAGUUCGUGGCUAUCACUGGAGCUAGUGAGAAGAAUGCUCUUCAGGCUCUCAAAGCCAGCGACUGGCGCCUCGAAGCAGCGUUUGAUGUGUUUUACAGCCAGCCCCAACCAAAAAGCAAUGCUGAUACAAGACGCUUGGAGGAGCUCUACAAUAGAUAUAAAGACCAAUAUUCUGAUAUGAUUCUAGCGGAUGGUGUCUCGGUUCUGUGUAAUGAUCUUCAGGUGGAACCCCAAGACAUAGUCACGUUGGUUCUUUCGUGGCAUAUGAAUGCUGCCACAGCGUGUGAAUUUUCCAGGGAAGAAUUUAUUGGUGGAUUACAGACAUUAGGCGUAGAUACCAUUGGGAAGUUGCAUGAAAAGCUGCCAUUUUUGCGUUCUGAGCUUAAAGAAGAACAAAAGUUCCAUGAAAUAUACAACUUUGCUUUUGGGUGGGCGAAAGAAAAGGGGCAGAAGUCUCUUGCUUUAGAUACAGCGAUUGGGAUGUGGCAGUUGCUCUUUGCAGAAAGAGAGUGGCCACUGGUAAAUCACUGGUGUGAUUUCUUGCAGGAUCGUCAUAACAAGGCCAUAACUAAGGACACAUGGGAACAGCUCCUGGAAUUUUCAAGGACGGUGGACCCGGUGCUGUCGAAUUACGAUGCAGAUGGAGCAUGGCCUUACCUCAUCGACGAAUUUGUCGAGUAUUUGUUUGAAAAAAGCGUUAUUCAGAAGUAA